UGCGCGGUCCUCAGGGGCGGGUGUAGGGAGCUGUGUGCUCGCUGCCAGGCGCUCCGUCCAGCAGGCCCUGGGGGGCCGCCCGCCAUCUGGGUGUGUGUACACAAAGCCUCGCCGGUGGGACGGACCAGGAGCUGGGAAGCGUGUGGGUUGUGAUUACACAGAGGUUUUAAUCCGAGCGGCCAGGCUGGUGAGGGUGAGGAGGAAGGCUGGAUGGAGCCUGUCUGCUGGGGAACCCCGUGGGGCUGCCCUCCCCAGGCUCAGCAUGCUGCUUCCCUGGCACGUGACUCUGGCCUGCCGUGGAUGGCUUCUGCCCUCUGCUCUGUCCCUGGCCGGCGACAAUCACGAGGAAAUACUGCAUCAUUAAUACUUAAUUGCCCCUCCUGGCUAGCGACAGAUGACUCGAGGAUUAACGAGGGCCAACAAAGAGGGAUAGGAAGUUGCCAGAUCUGGGUCUGGGCCCUGGGGCCUCUGACCUUCCUGUGGCUCUGGGAAGCCUCCGGAGGCGGGGCUACGGGGAGGUGCCCAAGGCCCCAGGAAGCCUCCUUGCUGCUGUUUUCCAUGGGCAUUUCCCCAGUAAGGCUCAUGGGGGCCCCUAGGCCCCUGCAGCCUCCUUUCCUGAGCUCCCCAGCAGGCCCGCGGAGCCUGGGCUCUGGGGUGGAGCCCGGGGGGUGGUCCCGGCGGGGGGACACAGGUCUGGGUGGUCAGCGGGGGGGCUGGAGCCUGGUUCUCCCGAGCUGUGCGCAUUGAUUCCCGGUUCCUGUCAGUGACACAGGAGCAGCUUGAAACUGGCCAUCACGGGAGCACUGAUACCCAGCAAAGUCCGGCAAAGGGCCCAGGCUGACUAGCGGUCUGACGGCCGGGAUGCUGCGGCCGCCUCCAGCCCGCCUGCCCCGGGCGCCCCUCGCGUGCUCUGCUGGGCGCUGGAGGGCUGGGUCUGGCCGACGCCCGGUGAUCUGUGUGGCCGGGGCUGUGCUCGCAGCUGCGGGAGGCAGACGGGAGCCCGGGGCGCAGGGGCGCGCUGGCUCUGCGAGAGCGGACCUGGACGGGAGGGCGCCCCCGGCCACCGGUGGACAGCAGGAGGGCGGCUCCAGCUUGGCUCCAAGUGCCGUGAGGCCUGGACGCCCCGGGUGCAGAAGGUGAUGGGGACGCCCUGCAGAUUAGAGGUCCCAGGAGGUGGUCACCAGAGGGCUUGGCCUUGGUCCUGAGGCCCUUCUGGGCCAAGCAUCGUGGCUCUCGUGGGGUCAGCCAACAUCCACACACAGGUGCGGGCUGUGUUCCCCCAUCACUGGGGCUCCAGGCGGUGGGCCCAGACAGUCCAGCUUCAGCUCCCCAGAAACGUGGUACCGGCCUGGGUCAGCCGGCCCCGGGGCCCUUGGUCUGGGAGGUGGUCCCGGCAGAGUCAGGCUUCCAGUGUGGGCCACGCACUGCCAACGCAGCUUCCCUGGGAGGGGCUGAGGCAGGGCAAGAAGGAUGGCAGGGGGUCGGCAGGAGGCCGGCGGCUCACUGGUGGGGGGACACAGGUCCCCAGGCCGGCACUGGACCCGGGAGGCCCCCCAGAGGGGAGCCGGCCCCUUCGCUGCGGUGGGAGGACGGAGAGACCUGGGGGCGGGGCUUCAGCGGUCAGGCGCCCCAGGGGGAGCAGCAAGGGACACCGCGUGGCCCGGGGCGGCCCACCUCUGCUGCCGGCCAGUGCUGUGAGCCACUGGCCAGCACGUGCCGUCUGGGCAACAGGGGCUCGGUAGGACUUGUUCCUGGCGGCUGGGAGACCCCGCAGGCUGCAGGGACCCCUCGGUUUGUCGGGGGCCCCGCCUCCUCUCUCCUGCUCUGUGUCAUGGGGUGCCCACCGCCGGCUGCAACCGCUGGAAGCUGGGGGCAGUCAGAAGGAAGCUGGGGGGUCCUCUGUCGCAGCGGCACAGCACCUCCUGGACCGGGUGAGGGGACCGGCCCUCUGAAUGCAGCCAGGGGCCACGAGCAGCCUUCUCCCAAGGUGGCCUGUCCAUCUGAUCCCUCGCGGCCUCAAGGAGAGAGGGCGGGGCAGCCCCCAGCCCACUGCGGGCACCUUCCGGCUUCCUGUCCCCGUGGCCCGCGGCCACCACUGGCCGUGCGCACCUGGAGCCCCGGCAGGGGAGCUCUGGGCGGGAGGAGGGUGGACUUGGCACGGGGGACCCUGCCGGGCGGCACAAGGGAAUAUGACCGGGAAGCAGAGGCGGCGGAGAGAGGCCUCGGAGUGGCGGGGGGAGCGGGGACGUUCCACCAGCUCAGGGGGUCCCUGGGAGGCGGCCUGCUUCUGCAGAGUGCUGUCCCGGAUUCUUGACACCAGGAUAUUUUGACUCGGGGCGGGGGGCUGUUUCACGCGUGUUCGUUUUCUGCUCAUAGAAUCACGGGGGUCCAGCCUCCCCGCUGUGUCAGUGGGGAAACCGAGGCCCGGACAGGUACAUCAGUUGCCGGUGCCUUCGAGUCCGGGCCGAGCACCCCCGCGGGCGGAGGAGCCGGCUGGGAGCGGGCGUGGGAGGAGGCAGCGGGCGGGGCUGAGGAGCGCCCCGCCCAGACGCGCAGCAGCGGGCGGGGGCUGCUGGGGGGCGGGCCCCCUCCGAGCGCUCCAGCACCAAGGCUGCACUCCCAGUGGGGCGCCCAGCGGUGGGAGCGCGCGGGGCCUCUGGGCAGCUCCCGGCUCUCAAGGAUGGAGCCAGCCGGCUGAGCAAGGAGGGUGGUCCCGGCAGACCCAGGGGCUUCCAGGGGAGGGGUGGCGGGGCUGCCACAGAAGCCUCGAGAAGCGAGCUGAGCCCGGGGCGGGGAGGGGGGGUACCACAGAAGCGACUCACCUCUGCGAGGUCUUGGUUUCUCUGGGAGAAGACUCGGGCUGACCUGACCCCCGCCUUCCAGGAGGGCCGGGGCACGGGGUCUCAGGACCUGAAGCAGAGCUGAGAGAUGCCGCCGGAGCGCCUGGAGGGGGCCUGCCUUCUGGAGACGCCCCGUGGGCGGUGAAGAGUGCUGGGGGAGCCCCCGACCGACGGCAGGGUCACCCCGGCUCCUGCGGAGAAGGGGCUCGGGGCCUGGGCGGCGCCGGCCGCGCCGCAGCUAUGGACCGAGCGCUGGCGCGGCCCGCGUCCUCGCUGAGCCCGCCCGCCGGCCUCCGCGCGCGCCAUGCCCGGCUUCGCGGUGUACAUCGCGGUGGAGCUGGCCAUCGCCGUGCUGGCCAUCCUGGGCAACGUGCUGGUGUGCUGGGCCGUGUGGCUCAACAGCAACCUGCAGAAUGUCACCAACUACUUCGUGGCGUCGCUGGCGGCGGCCGACAUCGCCGUGGGGGUGCUCGCCAUCCCCUUCGCCGUGACCCUGAGCACCGGCUUCUGCGCCGCCUGCCACAGCUGCCUCUUCUUCGCCUGCUUCGUCCUGGUGCUCACGCAGAGCUCCAUCUUCAGCCUGCUGGCCAUCGCCAUUGACCGAUACAUCGCCAUCAGAAUCCCGCUCCGGUACAACGGCUUGGUGACGGGCACGCGGGCCAAGGGCAUCAUCGCCAUCUGCUGGGUGCUGUCCUUCGCCAUCGGCCUGACCCCCAUGCUGGGCUGGAACAACUGCAGUCAGCAGGAGGGCCGGAACGGCUCCCAGGUCUGCAGGGAGGGCCAGGUGGCCUGUCUCUUCGAGGACGUGGUGCCCAUGGACUACAUGGUCUACUACAACUUCUUCGCUUGCGUGCUGGUGCCGCUGCUGCUCAUGCUGGGCGUCUAUCUGCGCAUCUUUCUGGCGGCGCGGCGGCAGCUGAAGCAGACGGAGAGCCAGCCGCCGCCGCCGGGCGAGCGGGCGCGGUCCACGCUGCAGAAGGAGGUGCACGCCGCCAAGUCGCUGGCCAUCAUCGUGGGGCUCUUCGCCCUGUGCUGGCUGCCGCUGCACGUCAUCAACUGCUUCACCUUCUUCUGCCCCUCGUGCGGCCACGCCCCGGCCUGGCUCAUGUACCUGGCCAUCGUCCUGUCGCACGGAAACUCGGUGGUCAACCCCUUCAUCUACGCCUACCGCAUCCGCGAGUUCCGCCACACCUUCCGCAGGAUCCUGCGCACUCACGUGCUGCGGCGGCGGCGGCGGCGCGAGCCCUGCAAGGCGGGCGGCCCCGGCGCCCGCGCCCUGGCGGCUCACGACGCGGAGCGCGUGGGUCUCCGCCUCAACGGCCACCCCCCCGGCGGCGUCUGGGCCAACGGCAGCGCCCCCCGGCCCGACGGCCCCGCCCUGGCGCUGCUCAGCGGGUCCCAGCGGGACGCGCGCCUCCCGGACGUGCAGCUCCAGGGCGGGCGCCCAGAGUCCUCUGGCCCCAGGGGCCCCCGGGGCGGAGCGGGAGUAUCCUGAGGACCUGCCGAGUCCGCCCCUUCGGGAGGGAAGGAACUUUCUCCUCCCGCUUGGGAGGACUAGUGGCUCUGGGAGCAGAGUGCAUGUGCGGAGACCCCCUUUCUCGCGGUCGGUUCCCACUUUGGACCGAGGAGUGAGCCCCCCGCCGGCUGGAGCAGCAUGAGGCCCAGCAGGAAGGGUCUGGAGCCCCCGGGGGCGGCCCCGCACCAGGCCAGCGCCGGCCUCCAGCCCCUGAAACACCUCCAAGUGCCGCCGAGUCUCCGUAGAGCAGGCCGGCUGGCCUGAGGCUGGGAAAUGGCCCCAAAGGGCACCCUGCCACACUCCUCCUCCCCGCCCCGCCAGGCUUUCCAAGGGUUCAGAGCUGCUGCGCUUGGUGGUGGCCUUGGACUGUUGUAUUUUUUUCCCCAGGAGAAAAGGAAAGCCUGAGGAAACCCUUUUUAUUUUACCUUCCCUCCCUGGCUGCUGGCUCUGUUUCAGUCCUGCUGCUAACCUGGCCCCAGGCGUCCGCCACUGCCCUGAGCGGCCGCGCGCGUCCACUUCGAGGCCGGGGGUGGUAGCCGAGGGGACCAGGGCACGGGUGCAGGGAGGCAGUCAGGGCUGGCCAGUAGGGGUGAGUCUAGGUGGCUCCGAGCCGCCCAGGCAGAGGCCCUCUCUGACUGCCUUGCCUUCUGAAGGGAAUAUUAUUUUGUUGUUUUUUUUCUGAGAUAAAAUAAAAAUGAGCCACAUUGUGUUUUAAGCUUG